AUGAAUUGUACUUCAGUUAAUAAAAGAAGAUUAUGGCUUCUUAUAAUAUUUCUCAUCUUAUAUAAUAUUAAAUGUAUAUGCGAAAAUAUAGGGGACUUAAAAAAAAGACUAUGCUUUAAUAAUUUCUCGAAUGCGAAAAAAAAAAAAAAAAAAUGGCUAGCCAAAAAAAAAAAAAAUUAUUUCAACAUAAGGGAAAACAAAAAAUAUAAUACCACAAAAAGGAGAAAAUAUUAUGGAAGGAUUGAUAACAAUAAGAAGGAUGAUUAUAAUUUUAUGAAUACUUCUUUAUAUUUAAAUUAUAUUUCAAACGUAAACUCUUUUUUAUAUUAUAAUACAAAUAAUGAUAAAAAAAAAAAAAAAUGUUAUUAUAUGUGUAAAAAGUCUAAUAAUAUUAUCAAGGCAAAAAUAAAUGAUAACGAUAAUAUCCUCUUUGAUAAUGAUUUGAGACAUGAGGAACAAAGUAGUGAUAAGGAAUAUUAUAAUAUUAACAAUGAAUAUACACAAAAUGUUUAUAAUAAGUAUAUGAUAGAUGAUUUAUCAAAUGAUAAUACUUUAAAUGAAUGUUCCAGUGAUAUAAAAAAAGAAAGCAUUAAUCAAACAGAUAAUCAGAUGAACGAUAAUUUAAAUGAUAAUGUCAACUUUGAUUUGAAGGAUAAAAAAUGUAACCAAAAAAAUAUUCGCAAUUUCUGCAUCUUGGCACAUAUAGAUAGUGGAAAAUCUACAUUAGCUGAUAGAUUUUUAGAACUUACAAAUACAAUUAAAAAAAAAAGGAUGCAAGAACAAUUUUUAGAUAUGAUGUGUUUAGAAAGAGAAAAAGGUAUAACAAUAAAAUUAAAAGCUGUAAGAAUGCAUUAUAAUAAUUAUAUAUUUAAUUUGAUAGAUACUCCUGGGCAUUUCGAUUUUUAUCAUGAAGUAAAAAGAUCUUUGAAUGUGUGUGAAGGUGCAAUCCUUUUAAUUGAUGGAGGUAAAGGUAUUCAAUCACAAACAUUAAAUAUAUUUCUUGAAUUAAAAAAACAUGAUAUUAAAAUAAUACCAGUUAUUAAUAAAAUAGAUUUAAGUACAUGCUUAUAUGAUAAAAUAAAAGAUGAUUUGAUUAAUAAAUUUAGUUUUAAAGAAGAAGAAAUUUUAAAAAUUUCUGCAAAAUAUGGUAAAAAUGUAAAAACCUUAUUUCAAAGAAUUAUUAGUGAUAUUCCUCCUCCAACAAAUAAUAUCAAUACCUUUUUUAGAGGUGUUGUCUUCGAUUCUUUUUUUGAUCAAUAUAAAGGGGUCGUAUUAAUUAUUAAAGUUCUUAAUGGAGAAUUAAAAAAAAAAACAGAAAUUUUUUUUAUUAACAGUAGAAAGAGUUAUAUCAUACAAGAAGUUGGAUAUCUCGUUCCUGAGAUGAAGCCUACUGAUGUUAUAUCUCAAGGAGAUAUAGCAUAUGUAUGUUCAAAUAUAAGAAACUGUGAUGAUAUACAAAUAAGUGAAACGAUUGUAAAUAAAGAUAUUAUUAAGAAAAAUAAUGAAAAUGAGUUUGUCAUUAAUUUUAAAAAGAUAAACCAGGCAAAAAACCAAAAUGUCAUGCAAGAUUUGGGUGAUAAGGGUAAAGAAUAUUUGACCUAUCAUAAAAAUGAAGAGGACAACUAUAAAGAAGAGAUAGAAAAAGAUAAAUAUAAAGAAGAGAUAAAAAAAGAUGAUAAUAAAUUCAACAUAAAUAUAAUAAUAAAAGAACAAUCAAAUGAACCAAAUAAAGAUCAAAUUAUAUAUAAACAUGAAUAUAAAAAUGAAGAAACAGUUAAUAUUCAUAACAAUGAUAAUUUUAUAAAAGAUAAUAUUAAUAAUGAAAAUUUUUCUUCUAGUAUCCAAGGAAAUCAUAAUAUUCCUCCCAUUUUGAAACGAAAUGAUAUUAAUAUAAAAAGUAUAGCUGCUAACAAAAUAGAAGCAUCUUACCCAUCUGUUUACUGUAACAUUUAUUGUGUGAAUGAUAAGAAAUCGAAUGAAUUAGAAAUGUCAUUAAAUAAAUUAAAAUUAAAUGAUAGUUCUUUUUCUUUUAAAAAAUAUAUAUGUGAAACCUUAGGUAAAGGUUUUAAAUGUGGAUUUAAUGGAUUAUUACAUUUAAAUAUUAUUCAAGAAAGAAUAAAAAGAGAAUAUAAUAUUGAUACAAUAGUAACAGCACCAUCUGUUAAUUAUUUAAUAAAAGUAAAAGAGAAAUAUAUGGAUAAAAGAUUAAGAGAAAAAUUACUUGAAAGAAAUUUUGAUAUACAAAAUAUACAUAUUGAAGAUAUGGAUAGCAAAUCAAGUGAUGAUUGUUUCUUUUUUAUGACAAGUAAUGUUAAUGAUAUUCCAACAAAAAAUGUAGUACAUUCUAUAUAUGAACCAUAUGUUAAAACUAAUAUUAUAACACCAGAAAUUUAUCAGAAAUAUAUAAUGAAUGAAUGUUUUAAAAGAAGAGGUAUAUUUAUUAAAAAAGAAAUUAUGAAUGAUCAAAUAAUUUUUCUAUUUGAAAUGCCUUUGUCAGAAAUACUUAUUAAUUUUCUAGAUCAAAUCAAAUCAUCUACUAAAGGAUAUGGAUCUAUGAGUUAUGAAAAUAUGAUUAUUUAUAAACCUAGUGAAUUAUAUAAAAUUCAUAUAUAUAUUAAUAAAAAAAAAAUAGAUUCUUUAUCAUUUCUAGCACAUAAACUAAAUUAUGAGGAAAAAUCAAGAAAACUUGUUUCGAAAUUAAAAAGUUUAAUUAAUCCCCAUCAAUUCCUUAUUGUCAUACAGGCAGCACUCGAAUCAAAAAUUUUUGUAUCUGAAAAAAUUAAACCUCUCAAAAAAAAUGUAACAGCCAAAUGUUAUGGUGGAGAUAUUACCAGAAGAAGAAAAUUGAUUGAAAAACAAAAUGAAGGAAAGAAGAAGAUGUUUGAAAUUGGCAAGGUUAAAUUACCUCCUAAUAUUUUUACCAAGCUCUUUGACAUAAAGGGUGAAUAA